UCUUGUUUGCGGAUUAUGCUUAGCGGUUUCGGUUUUUGGCAUGCCUUUUCUUUGUCCUGAGUAGUAUUGUUUCGGAGCUCAGCAAGCCAAAAUUUUCAUGAGAAACGUCACAAUCUAUGUCGUUUUAGUUUUGGCAAGGGGUGAACAAAUAAAUCAUGGGCUUAUGUUAGGCGGGUCUAGGAUUUUGGGGGCAGAUUUGGUGAAGAGAUGAGUGUCUUUUCAAGAAAACAUGAUGCACAAAUGAGGCAUUGGCUUUGAAAUCACUGUGGACUGGGUUUGAAUUUGUAGGUAUGGAGUGGCGUCUUUUGGGGGUGAAAAUGGAGGAACAGUGUAUUAGGAAUAGAUUUUUAGGUUUAUUAAUGGGUUGAUGGGUGUUUCACUGUUGGAUUAGAGUUGGGUUUUAGCAGGGGCUGGGAAUAAGAUAGUUGGAGAUUGGACAGAGUUUUGCAUUUGGGUGUAUUUCUGGUCUUCAGUAGCUGUAGAAUGGAGCAUUUAGGGGGGGAGAUGGAGUUAAAAUGUCUUAGGAAUAGUCUUUUGGCUUAACUCUAGUGUUAAAUGAAUUAGAGAUGAUUAUGUAUUUAUGACUCUGGUGCAGUGAGACAAGCAUUUAUUGUUUGGAUUGGAGUUAGACAAUGAAAUCCAUAAGUAGGUUGGGGGAUUAAACAGUGUUGUGUAGUGGUUCUUUCUGGCCUGAAUAUGGUGCAGAGUGGGGCUUUUGGGAGUUAAAAAGGAGCUAAAAUUCGUUAAGUUUAGGAUCCAGAUUAGUUUUUGAUGGAGCUGGAGAGGUUGGUAUGUAUGAUGCACCAAUAGUUGUUUUCUGAGUGGAUUAGAGUUAGUUGCAACGGUGUGGUUAGACAAUAUGCUACAUGAGCGGGAAGGGGAUUGGACUGUCCCAAGUUUGGGUUGUUUUAAUGGCUGGGUUGGAUAUGUAUGAUACAUUGAAUGGUGUGUUGCGAUUGGUUUAGAGUUGGUUUCAAUAAAAGAAUUUGCAUGAUGAGCUCCAUGAGUAGAUUGGGGAUUGGGCUGAGUGUUGUGUUUGGGUGUUUUCUGUUGGCUCUUGUUGCAGAACUGUACUAUGUGUUUUGCUGGAGGAGAAGACAGAGUUCAGGUUCAGCAUUGAAUGGCGAAGUGGAGGAUGAAUACAGCAGCCCAUCCAGAGAGCUCUUUUACUUGCUUUGCUGGAAGAAGCAGAGAACAAGUACUUCUACAAGAGGAUUGGAUAAUCAUCUCCGUCAUAGGGAGGCUAAUGGCUCUUAUCAACAUCACCGUGAUGAUGCCAUGCUUGUUCAGAGGUCUCAGGAUCAAUCCACCGAUUUUGUUGCCAAGUUUUUCCCAGCGGAGGGGAUGGACAGUGAACUUAUGAGGAUACACAACUUGUUGGGUCCUCCGAGGAUUUUGUUUACAAUCAAGGAGGAGACUAAGGAGGAUUUGGAUUCUGAAGAUGGAAGAUCAAGGAAAAGCAGAAGAGGGUCUAGGAGCAGGAGUCUGAGUGAUCUGCUGAGUCAAAUGAGUGUUGCGGCUGUUGCUUCAGGUACUGUAACUCCCAUUGAUAAUACUCCAUUUGUUACGCCCCCUUCCUCACCACCAUUUUGCACUCCCAUGGCAACUCCUCCUCUCACACCCCUAACUCCUCUGCACAACACUCUCUUCCCCCGUUUAUCAGCUGUUCAUAACAAACAGCACCACCAGCACCUUACUGAGGACAGCAGGAGUAUUUCUUCCUCUUCCUCUUCGUCAGCCUCCUCUUCAUUGGCAAGUUCAUUUCCUUCCUCCUUUACAUCAUCCGCCUCACAUUCUCCGUUCAUCUCUCCACCUCCUUGCACAACUCUGCAUACUCUCCCCAACCAGGGAAAUUGUAUUCUCCACCCUGUCAAAGAAGGGCACUUGCCCCUGUCUGCAAGACUGCAGCAAUCCCCAAUUAAAGGUGAUUUGUACCCAAAUACUAUUGGUUUUGCCUCUCCACCCCCUAAGUUCAAGUUCAUGAGGGAUGCAGAGUUAAAAGCAGCAAAAACCACAGCAAUGGAGUUGAAUAAGAAACAGCAGCAGCAACAACAUGAACCUGCCCCUCCUUCGCCCUUGUCUUCCUCGCCUGUAUCUAGCGAUGAAGAUGGGUCCUUUAUAACCAUCAUUGUUGGUGACUCGAAUUCUUCUUCCUCUUCUCUGGUUCAUCAUCCAUCCCCUGUCUCUACUGUCAAUCCCACAGGCCACAUCAUGUCUUUAUCUCCUUCAUCACCUUGUAUUUCGCCAUUGUUUUCUCCUCUAACAGGGAUUCAUAUGAACAUCCCAACUGACCCAACACAUAAAUAGUACUGAUUUUGGAAAGUCAUCUUGAGGCCUGAUAAAAGAAAAGUAAAAUUUGUUGUUCUAUGAAUAUCAACAAGUACGUCAAGUUGCUUGUCUUAUGGUUUAUGAAGUUUACCCAUGGAUGGAUAGGUUUGUUGUGAUACAUUCAUGGGAGGAUUAGAUGCAUGGUUUCAUUGGUUGAAUUUUAUGAUGCCAUACAGCAGCUUACACCUUUAUGGAGCCAUCAAUUUAUUACUGGUAAAUUAAGGGGCCAUUUGUGGAUGGCAGCAAGCCUUUGGGUUCAAUUCAGGCGCAUCAACAAACACCCCAAUUCGAGAUGAUUCUCCUUUUUAGAGAAUCAAUGAAGAUUUGGAGAUCAAAAUAGCAAUCUUUACUCGGCAUUAAACCUGUAUGACUGAUGAGCUUGCUUGGAUUCUGAGGAGCCUAACUCUGAGCUUGUAUCAGCUUUGUUUUCCUCUUGUAUUUAUUUUUUCUACUUUUCCCUGUAUUUUUAGAAUCUCAGAAAGUGUUUUGUUUUUCUGACAAAAUAAUUAAAUAGAAGCAAUAGCUGUCUGCUAUUGGGAGCUCUGCUAAGUUUUUUUAAAAAUUAGCUAAUAUCAGCAUGAGCUGUGCACUGUGGGAAGUUCCAUGCAGUUAACAACAUUAAUCUGCAUUCAAUUCUCUUAUGCCUGACAUUGGCGGUAUACUAGAAUAUAUAUAUAUAUAUAUAUACUCCCAACAAUGAAGCCAUGAAGCAUUGGGAAUUGUUUUGGGGCAUUUGGAAUAUGCCAUUGAUUGUAUCAAUGAUCAUGUGCAUGCAAUUAUGUUCACCCAUUGAAUCUAUUUUAAUGUAGCUGAUUGAAAUUCAUGUUUUA